GAAAAAACACGAAGCCAGAGGACAGAUAGCGCGAGCGAGGAAACAGGCCGCCACAGAGACACAUCGCACGGGGACCAGCGCGCGACUUGAGGAGCACCUACCUGACGCAGCGUGCGGACUUUGACGAGAAUAUCUCGGUCUCGUGAGGAUUUCGGAGAUCCGGACAGACGGAGAACCCAGUCUCGUGCUAACCAUGGCAUCCCCGUCACUCCCGCGCGCCGCUGUGAGGAUUCUCAGCGCGCUCGUGCUUGUCAUAGCUGUGGUUCGUGGAAACGAGAUGCUCGAUGAAGAUGACCCUCUCCAGCCAACGGCGAUGGACCAGACAGUGGCAGUGGGAGGGACUGUUAUUCUGACCUGCACCGUCCCCACAUCAGACAACUCAUCACUUCAGUGGUCCAACACUGCCCAGCAAACACUCUACUUUGGAGACAAGAGAGCUCUAAGGGAUAGCCGUAUCCAGCUCUACAGGUCCACAUCUACAGAGCUGUCAAUCAGCAUCUCUGACGUGGAGCUGGCAGAUGAGGGGGAGUACACCUGCUCCAUCUUCACCAUGCCCGUACGCACCGUACGCGCUACCGUCACAGUGCUGGGUGUUCCAGGUAAGCCGGUGAUCACUGGUUUUGAGGAGCAGGUUCAGGAGGGCGGCUCCGUCACGCUCACCUGCACCAGCACGGGCAGCAAACCCCCCGCCAAGCUCCGCUGGUACAGAGGGGACCAGGAACUCCAGGGCCGCCCCAACGUGGUGGAGUCCAACCCUGGCGCUCCCACCUACACUGUGAUCAGUGAGCUGACGCUGACGGUGACGCGCGAUGACAACACGCAGAAGAUAGGGUGCGCUGUGGAGCACGACUCCAUCCCCCACGGAGAGACCAAGAGGACCGAGGAGCGCCUCAAUGUGCUGUACUCUCCCAGCGUACAGAUCCAGCCGUCCAGUGAUCUUCCCCGAGAGGGAGAGAAGUUCCAUCUGGAGUGUGUGAGCCACGCCAACCCAGAGCCGACGUCGUUCAAUUGGGACAGGAAGGACGGCCAGAUGCCCCCUCUGGCCAAAAAGGUGAACAACAUGCUGCACUUUGAGGCACUCAACAAGUCCGACAGCGGAGUGUACGUGUGCUACGCCAUCAACAACAUCGGCCAAGAGCAGAGCCAGUACACACUCCUGGUGCAAGACCCCACAGCGAUGUCCACUUCCUCGGGGGUGGACCAUGCGGUGAUCGGAGGAGUAGUGGCGGUCAUCGUCUUCAUCAUCCUGUGUAUGCUCAUCGUACUGGGCAGAUAUCUCAUCAGACACAAAGGGACAUACCUGACCCAUGAGGCCAAGGGCUCAGACGACGCCCCAGAUGCUGACACGGCCAUCAUCAACGCAGAGGGCGGCCAAUCAGCUGACGACAAGAAAGAGUACUUCAUCUAGGCUCUGCCCCCGCUGGACUCCAGAGGCCAA